UCCCGCCCGCCGGGGCAGGCACAGCGCGGGCCGCAGGUACGAGCGGAGCCGGCGAGCGGAGCGGAGGAGAGCGGCCGGGCCGGCGCGGCCAUGGGGAAGGUGCAGCUCUUCGAGAUCCGCCUGGGCGAUAGCCGCGUCGUCUACAGCCCCGGCGAGCCGCUGGCGGGCACCGUCACCGUGCGGCUCUCGGGCUCGCUGCAGUACCGAGCCAUCAAGGUGAGCUGCAUUGGAUCCUGUGGGGUGUCCAACAAGAUCAAUGACACAGCAUGGACUGUGGAGGAGCAGUACUUCAACAGCACGCUGUCCCUGGCAGACAAAGGGGUCCUGACAGCUGGAGAGCACAACUUUCCCUUCCAGUUCCUGCUGCCAGCUUCUGCUCCUACAUCAUUUGAAGGCCCUUUUGGCAAGGUCCUGCAUCAGGUGAAAGCUGUGAUAGACACACCUCGCUUCUCCAAGGACUACAAAUGCAACAAGAUCUUCUACGUUCUCUGCCCUCUCAACCUGAACGACAUCCCUGACAUUGAGCAGCCCAACACCAUGUCCAUCACCAAGAAGUUCAACUACAAGCUUGUGAAAAGUGGCAACAUCGUCCUGACAGCCACGUCUGACCUGAAGGGCUACAUCGUGGGCCAGGCCAUCCAGCUCCGCACAGACAUUGAGAACAAGUCCGGCCGCGACACCGGCGCUGUGGUGGCCAGUCUGCUCCAGAAAGUGGCCUACAAAUCCAAGCGCUGGAUUUACGACCUGAGGACCAUCGCUGAGGUGGAAGGCUCAGGGGUGAAAGCCUGGAAACAUGCAGAAUGGAAGGAGCAGAUCCUGGUUCCAGCACUGCCACAGUCCAUUCUGCAGGGCUGCAGCCUCAUCCACAUUGACUACUACAUCCAGGUCUCCCUCAAGUCUCCAGAGGUUUCUGUCACUCUCCCCAUCUACAUUGGAAACAUUGCUGUGAACAGGGUCCCACUGAGCCCCUCCCGCUCCAUCCAGCACAUCCCAUCUGUGGUGGUCCCCAGUGCCCCCCCAGAGGAAGAGGAGGCUGCCAGUGGCUAUCACCCCAUGGACAAUGUCUCCAUCCCCACCAAAAGCCACUCCCAGCAGCAGCCCUUUAGCUACGCCCCAGGACUGAGCUUCCAGGAGAUUCGGGCGGACUCGGAGCAGACAGGCUCCCCAAACCACCCCACACUCUGCCUGUCCACGGGAGCCACUGUCCCCUACUACGCUGAGGGGAACGUGGUGCCUGUCCCCACAGCCAGCUCACUCAUCCUGCCCCCGGAGUACAGCACGUGGGGAUACCCCUACGAGGCACCUCCAUCCUACGAGCAGAGCUGCAGCAGUGCCAACUCCAGCAUCAGCAAUGGCAAUUAGCCCUCCCCUGCUCUGACCCCACCAGUGCUGCCCACCCUGGCACCACGGGGCACCCGCCUGUGGCAGUCUGGUACAGCACAAGGUGUCUUCUUGUCUCUCUGGCUGCUUUGGGGGGGAACUGCCACAUCCCAGCCUGGGCUUUUUAAGUCUUUUUCUAGGGAGGGGGUAAAAAACCAAAAAGGGCAGCCCGAGCAGCCUGCAUGUGUGUAGGAGAGGUCUGGGAAACUGAACAGUCUCCUGCUGCUGCACCAAGUGCUGGAGAGCUGGAUGUGGCCCUGGGCCCUGGGCAGCAGCCUGUUCCAGUACUGUAGUCAACACUAACUGCUUUACUAUCAAAGCACCUGCAAUGCCUUACCUGAAACGCUCCUGACCUGGCACAGCUCCACUCUGAGGGAAGGCUGGGCUGUGUGGACUUGCUCUCCUCUUUUAGGGGCUGUGUGCUCUCCACAAAUGGUUUUGACAGCCCUUCCUCCUUGUCCUCAGAAGUCCUAAGGGUAGCAGGAGGUUUCUUGGAGUAAGCAGGUUAGGAAGGUCAGGGACUUUAAAAAAGCCAAAAGCACAAGCCCUCGCUGUACCUGAGCUGUGGGGGAGUGACUGGCAGUGUGAGUGGCCAUGGGCACAUGGGCACGGGGGGCUCGUGGGGGCACUUGCUGAUAAGCCCUGGUGAGCUCUGGGGAAGAUCCUGCUGUAGGAUGGGGUGCCCUUUUCCAGCACGGGUGGCUUUUCCCCACAGAGCCCUGUGGGACACAGCCCACCCUUGCUCGCUGCUGGGCCGUGGCACACAGGACAGCAGCACUGCUCACUCUGCAGCAGGGAGACCACACUCCAUGUCCCUGCAGGGUGCCCUCUCCUCCCAGGCCGCAGUUAUGUGACCAUCAAUCACAAAAGUCUGUCUGAUGCUACCUCUGAGUCUGCCCGGGGGCCCUGCCCGUGGGAUCCCUCUGCGUGGGGCUGUCCCUGGGAAUGGCUGUCCCUGCCCAGGCAGCCCACAAGGUGCUGGGUGCUGGGCCAGGGCCCUGUGGUGGCACUGGUUUGCUGUGUGUCCCCUGGGCCUGAGCAGAAUGUGACAAUGAACACGGCCCGUGUGGGAGCUGCAGCCUCCGCUGCACCCAGCAGUCGGGGGAUCAAGCUGGGUUUUCUUGACAUUUUUCUUUUGCGCUUUUCCCCCCACACACCUUGUUUAGAUCGUUUAGCACUGACUGCCCAAGCUGAGGAAACCACAAGCCACGUCCCUCAGAGCCACAGGUGCGCAGCCAGGCUGCAGUUGUGGCCUCCAGACCUUUGGCACCUCAGAGCUGUCCCCACAUGGCCCCAGACUGGGCAGGCAAUACCUGACAGACCUUUAGGAGCAUUUCCAGCCGCUGCCUCCUUGCUCAGCCACCUCUGCACACCCUUCAGGCAGCUGGGACAGGCCCUGCUUUGCACUCUUUCUUUGCAAAUGCUUUUUUAUUUUAUUUUUUUUAAGCAUUGAACUGCUUUAAGGGUAGUGUAGCAAAGGUGCCGUUCUGAGCAGUGCUGGCACAACAUGCACCAAUGAUGGUAGAGUGAUUGUCAUUGUCCCUGAAUAUAUAUAAAUAUAUAUAUAUAUGAGAUGAAGUUGUUUUUAAUGAUUGAAUUCAGAAAUACAAAUUUUAAUGCUGUAUUUAAUAAAUUAUUCUAUGAGAAAUGCUGUGCUUUUUCAUCCAUUUCUGAUGCUAUCCAUGUGCCUGUUCAUGCCAAAUCAGGAAUGCACCUUGCUGAUUUCUUACAAAAUGAAGUUUUUUUGCUCUCACCAGGAAGGGUGGUGAACUCUGCCAAGGCAGCUCGGGGAAAACAAACACAGUGUGGCCUGACCACAGUGCCAGGCUCUUAAUUCCACAUGGCUGGAGGGAAUUUGGCCACACGUGGGACUGGCUCUGGAGAGAGCAGCCACUGCACUGCUGCAUCCCAGGCCCUGUGUCCUGAAGCCAGGAUUUGUCCAAGUGGCCCAGGAGUCCUGGGCAGUGCUCACUGCUGGCAGGGGAGGAGGGGAAGAGCAGACUCUGCCUUUAGGAAGAUGGAAUUGGCAUAGCCACGGUUUGGCUGGAAAGGCUGGAGACCACCAGCCCCAGCCCUCUCCUAAAGAGCCAUUUGGAAUAAAUUUAUUGAAAGAGGAAGAAGGCUCCUCCCCGCAACCCACUUUGGUCAUCCCAUGGCUGAAGCAUGCCAGUGUUGCCUAAAUGUUAUCACUGCAGGUAGCCUGGGGUGUGAUCUGUGUCUCAGACACAAAGAUCCUUCUUUAUUCUCUUCUCAGCUUAUGCUUCUGCCCAGCUCUCAUGGUUCAGACUCUCCUUUGUCGGGUGGUCCAGCCUGCCAUGAGCAGCACUCUUCAUCCACAAUGGGCCAAAGGCAGGUACAGCUCUUCCCCAGUGCUCUUCCUCUUCCUCCCACUUGGCUGAACCUGUCUUGCCUGGCUCAGUCUGCAGGUCCUGUGGCCUUCCUUGAUGUUGGCUGUGCAAAUCCUUGAACCCAAAUCCCUUCCACACCCCUGGAAAAAUUCCUAUGAGCUGUCAAUGCUUCUGGACCUGCUGGGUUGGGCUGCAGGCUGCUGACCCAGCCAGGCUCUGGGAGAGGCAGGCAGGGCCAGGAGCAGGACUGGUCUCCCAGCUCCUUCUCCAUCCCUGGGGCUGAGCUGCUGCUGAUGUGUCCAGCCCAUGUUCCUUGGCUGGAAAAUGUGAUUUCUCUUUGGUUGCUGUGGCCAGAGCCACUGGGCUGUUUUUCCAGAUUCCCAGCCAGGAUCUGUCCUCUUUUUUCCACCUUUGCUUUGGGAAUGUCCUUUUUCCACCUUUGUUUUGGGAAUGUCCUUGUUCCACCUUUGUUUGGGAAUGGCCCAUCCAUGGUGGAGGCUGUGGAGGAGGGAGCCCUCACCCAGUGCCGUGCCCUGUCUGUGCAGUGCUCCUGUGCACCUCAGCUCGCUCUCCCAAAUUAUAUUUGCUACAAACUGGUCUUUGGGCCUCUUGCUGUACACUUUAGG